UGGCUGGCUUUGGUCACACUGGCACUCGCAAUUUAUAACUUGUAUCUGUGGAAAAUGCGGAUAUUGACUUGGAAAAAAUGAGUAAACCCGUGAUUAAGCCCAAGGAAGUGGCUGCCGCUUCGGCCAGCUUGAAGAGGAUUAGCGAGAAAAAGCUGGAGGCUUUCACGGUGGGCACGUUCUCAAAGAGGCAGUUGUCCAAAAAGGAGAUAGAAGACCAGAAGAAAAAGGAGGAUGCAGCUGCAGCGGCUCAUGCCUUCAAAGAGUUUGUGGAGACCUUCCAAGAGGCGCCCACACCCUCCUCCAAAGUGUGGGUCAAAGCCGGCACCUACGAUGCCGGAUCUCGGCGGGAGGACAAGUCGGAGAAGGGCAAGCUAUACAAGCCCGUCUCCAAGCUGCUGGACAAGGGCUCCUCCGACAAGGCCGAGGAAUAUGCCAAAACCCUGGCCUCGGACCUCAAGAAGGACCCGGGUCCGGUGAAGAAGAAAAACCAGGAAAAGAAGAAGAGCAACUUGGAGCUGUUCAAGGAGGAACUGAGACAAAUCCAAGAGGAACGCGAGGAGCGCCACAAGUACAAGCACCUGGCUGUUAGCCAUGCCCCGCCAGCUCAACAGCCGGCGGCAGCGAGUGCUCCUGUGCCCAGUAGUAGUGCAUCCACCACCUCUCAGGCCUCCAACAGCUCCAAGGACUCGGGAUCCUUCGAUACCGGUGAUCCAAACACCACCAAUCUUUACCUGGGCAACCUGAACCCCAAAAUAUCCGAGCAGCAGCUCAUGGAAAUCUUCGGGCGGUACGGUCCUCUGGCCAGCAUCAAGAUCAUGUGGCCACGCUCCGAGGAGGAGAAGCAAAGAGGUCGCAACUGCGGAUUUGUGGCCUACAUGAGCCGCAGGGACGCUGAAAGGGCACUGAGGACAUUAAAUGGACGCUACAUCAUGGGAUACGAGAUGCGGCUGGGAUGGGGAAAGACUGUGCCCAUAAUGAACACGCCUAUUUUUACACCGCAAGCACUGCUGGAAAUGACCCUCCCGCCACCUCCAUCUGGAUUGCCCUUCAACGCCCAACCGCCACCGAGCGAGGCUGGUGUUUUACCCAAGAAAAACUACAAGGAGUUUGACCAGGAAGAGGACAAGGAAAACAUGGAAAGGAUACUUGCCAAAUGCGUUGUAAAAGUUCACAUUCCCACUGAGAAAGCUGUGCUGAAUGUUAUCCAUCGGAUGAUCGAGUUUGUCAUACGCGAGGGUCCAAUGUUCGAGGCCUUGAUCAUGAUUCGCGAAAUGGAGAAUCCUCUAUUUUCGUUUCUCUUCGACAACGAGAGUCCUGCACACAUCUACUAUCGAUGGAAGCUGUUCUCUUUGCUGCAGGGGGACACGCCGAACGAGUGGAGGGAGGAUGAGUUUCGUAUGUUCAAAAACGGACCGGUUUGGCGCCCUCCGAUUGCCAACUUCUAUACCCAGGGCAUGCCGGAUGAGCUGGUUGUGGAUCCUGAUGCCCCCGUGGUGCACAAAGGAGCCUUGUCCAAUGCGCAACGGGAUAGACUUGAGGAUCUGAUUAGGCAACUAACUCCGGAACGCGCCCGCAUUGGUGAUGCCAUGAUCUUUUGCAUAGAACAUGCCGAUGCUGCUGAUGAGAUAUGCGAGUGUAUCGCCGAAUCUCUGGCCAACUUGAAUACAAAGCCUUCAAAAAAGAUUGCUCGGUUGUAUCUGAUCUCAGAUAUACUGCAUAAUUGUACAGUUAAAGUGGCAAAUGCUUCCUUCUUUCGCAAGUCUGUGGAAAAGCAAUUGUUGGAUAUUUUCGAAAAUCUGCACAAUUACUACCAGAACAUUGAGAGCCGCUUGAAAGCGGAGGGCUUCAAGUCCAGAGUCUGCAAUGUAAUUCGCACCUGGGAGGAGUGGACAAUCUACCCCAAGGAGUUUUUGGCUCAGCUGACAGCCAAGUUCUUGGGCAAACCGUACGUCAUGCCAGCAAGUUCUUCACCCCAAGCCGAAGAAACGCGCUCCGAGGAGGCCCUGGACGAAGAUAUCGAUGGUGCCCCGCUAUCCGGAGAGGAGAAGGACGAUGAAGACCUGGACGGGGUGCCACUGGACGGAGCUGCUUUGCUCAAGAGCGCCUUGAAGAGGGCCUUGCCCGAUGCGGAUGUUGCUACACCAAAACGUGAAACGCCCAAAAGGGAGGAAUACCACGAUGAAAUCGACGGCGUACCCUUAGAUGAGGACCUCGAUGGGAUACCGCUCGAAAAAGAAAGCAAACCUGCUCCCAAAAUGCCCGGAUUCAUUCCCUCAAAGUGGGAGACAGUUGACCCCCAGCAAGUAGAAGCGCAGGCGAUCACAACCAGCAAAUGGGACACACUGGAUCCGCCAGAUCCCCCCAAGUUUUUCAGCUCCGACGAGGACAGUGACGAUGAAAACUCGCAGAAGUAUAGCGACGAGAAGCGACUCAAGUUGAGGGAUAUCGAAUUGAAAGCAAUUCAGUAUCAGGACGAACUGGAGUCAGGAAAACGGCGCGUUGAACCCGGCUGGACAGUGCCCGAGCAAGUGGAGUAUUUCCGAAAGCGAUUGCUCAAACAGGACUCUAGAACUGAAUGUGCCGUGGAUUCCCCUCUGAGCUACAUGCACACCAAAUCAAAGGGUUCGAAGGUCAGUGAAAGUCCAGCCCAGUACAGUGGCAAAAGAUCGCACUCGCCCUACGCCGCAGCAGAACCGAAACGACGUGACUACUCGCCGGAAAACUCCCGCUCCUCGAAGUCCUCCAAGCGUAACCGGUCGCGCAGUCCUUCCGGAUCACCGAAGCGGUAUGCUGAGCGAUCUUCUCGCAGCUCCCGCUAUGAGAGCCCGGCUUCCAGUUCGUCCCGCUCGCGCAGCUCUCCAACAUCCUUCACCUCGCGAUCCUCUCGAAGGGAGGAGGCAUCUCCUCCCAGGCAUCGCAGCGAUAAGCACAAGCACAAACAUAGGCACUAAAAGAUGCACUCCGGACGAUUCAUAUUUAAUUAAACAUGGAUUCUGCAUAAAAA